AUGGCGAAUGCAUUAAAAAUCAAAUGUGGUAACGCAAAAGGGCGCUUAACGCGGGCAGCAGCAUUUGUGGAAACAAUAGAUGAAUCCACAACUCUAGAAAUGCUUGAGAUACGUUUGAAUAAACUUGAGACCGCGUGGUCAGAAUUUUCUUCGCUUCAUAACGAGAUUCUCGAACAAUCUCAAGAAAGUCAAGUCGCAAUUCGCGAAAGGGUAAAUUCCAAUGAACUUUCGUUAAAUAAGUCAGCUAUAGAUCGGUUAGUUGACCAGCAAUCGGUUUUUUUGGAAAAAUUAAAUAAUUCGUCUUCGUUGUCACCGAAUAAUUCAAAUACAACCAAACUUCCAAAUAUCGUUGUGCCACCGUUUAGCGGAAGCUAUAAGGAUUGGCCAUCCUUUCGAGAUUUGUUUCUCGGAUCAGUUGACACUAAGACGAAUCUUAGUCCAACUCAUAAGUUCCACUAUUUAAAAUCGUAUCUACGUGAUGAUGCCGCUAAUCUCAUAAAGCACAUUAGCAUAUCCGAUGUUAAUUAUGCUGAAGCAUGGGAUCGUUUAGAAAAGCGUUAUGAUCGUAGACAAUUAAUCGCUCAAUCGUUUAUUGAAACUUUUUUGUCGCUUCCUACUACAAAUGUUUGCAAUGUUCAAACUUUAAGAAAAAUUUCUGAUGGUGCCGAUGAAGUUGUGCGUGGGCUUAGUGCGUUGGGUAAAUCGAGUCGCGACCCAUGGCUCAUUUAUUUGUUAUUGAACAAACUGGAUCCCGAUUCAAAACAAGCUUGGGCAGAACACAUCGGUUCUCGUGAAGACUGCACCAUAGCAGAAUUUUUAGAAUUUUUAGAAGAGCGGUGCGAUGCUCUUGAGGCAUGCCAAUCUCUUAAUGGUCGUUCGGUCACAACGCGUACAAAGCAACCAACUAGCAUUCGGGCUCAUUUAGCUGGGCCCUCAGAUUCAGCUACGUCAUCAAAAUGUGCAAUGUGUAAAGAGGAUCAUAUCCUUCCGCAGUGUGCCAAAUUCGUCGCGCUAGACAUUGACUCUCGUCGAAGUUUUGUAAAAACAAAUUUACUUUGUUUUAAUUGCCUUCGUGCUGGCCAUUCGUCGCUUAAAUGCCGUUCCUCGUUUCGUUGUCGGGUGUGUAAAUCACGCCAUCAUUCGCUGGUGCAUCUCGAAGAUGCAUAUGAAAAAUCUCAAUCCGCUUCUUCAAAAUCUUCGCUUCAAUCUCAACCUUCGUUAUUACCUUCUACAGCUACAUCUACAACUACAACUACUGCAUCCAAUUCGAUAAUUAGUAACCAUUCGCUUGAAUUUACUUGUCGAAAAAAAACACUAUUACCAACGCUGUUGGCUAAAAUUCAAGAUAUUCAGGGAAAUCUUCUAAACUGUCGUGUGCUUCUAGAUUCCGGGUCACAAUCUACUUUCGUUGUUGAAUCUUUCGCUCAAAGACUCGGGUUUCAUAGAACUCAUUCAAGAAUCCCUAUUCUCGGUUUAUCGGCUACGGAAAUAGGAUAUACAAAAGGGAGUAUAUCGUUAAACCUCCAUUCUCGUUUCAACACAUCUCAAUUAUUCGUUGAUGCAUUUAUAAUGGAUAAAUUAUCUUCGAAUUUACCAUCUAAGUCGAUAGACGUGUCUUCUUGGUCAUAUAUUGAAAAUCUCGAACUUGCUGAUCCAAAUUUUAAUUGCGCUGCUCCCAUUGAUGUUCUUCUUGGAGCUGAUAAGCUUUGGAGCAUUCUAAGGAAUGGACAAAUUCGUGGUCCUGAUGGGUGCCCAAUCGCUCAAAGUACUUCGUUCGGUUGGAUCAUAACGGGACAGUUCUUUGAACCAGAAGAAUCGAAUUAUUUCACGUCUUUUCAUUCGUUAGUCGAUAUUGAUUCGUUACUACACCGAUUCUGGGAACUCGAAGAAGUUCCUCCAGCAAAUAAUACAGCUGUGGUCGACCAGGCGGAAGAACAUUUUCGCCAAACAUUUUCUCGGUCUCCUGACGGGAAGUAUGUCGUUCAACUUCCAUUCAAAACACAAAAUCCAUCGUUCGAAAAAACUCUACCUUUUGCUGUUUCGCGUCUCUAUGCAAUGGAACGUCGUUUCAAUCAAAAUUCCAGUUUGCGAGAAUUAUAUUCUAAGUUCAUGCGAGAAUAUAUUGAUUUAGGCCAUAUGACUCAGAUUCCUCGUGAAGAAAUCGCUAUUCCUAAUGGCAGAUGUUUUUAUCUUCCUCAUCACGCAGUGUUGAAACCGGACAGCUCGUCCACAAAAUUACGUGUCGUGUUUGAUGGUUCAGCUAAGGACUCAACGGGAAAGUCUUUAAACAGUACUCUAUUGAUAGGCCCUCCUAUUCAACGCAAUUUAAUAGGUGUGUGCUUACGUUUCCGUCAACAUCCGUUCGUGUUUACUGCAGACGUUGUUAAGAUGUUUCGACAAAUUUGGGUUGAUGAUUCACAUGCUGACUAUCAGCGUAUUGUUUGGCGUGAAUCUCCUUCGAAAGAAAUCGAGCAUUAUCGUUUACGUACUGUGACGUACGGUACUGCAUCCGCUCCAUUUUUGUCUGUUCGUAUUCUGAAACAACUUGCUGAAGAUUAUAAAUCAGACUACCCAAACGCAGCCCGAGUUCUCCUAGAAGAUGUCUACGUCGAUGAUGUCAUGACAGGAGCUAAAUCAAAGAAAGAACUUAUGGAACUACAAUCUGAAUUAGUAGCUCUUCUUUUCUUGGCCAAACUUCAGCUGCGAAAAUGGAGUUCUAAUUUCAUUUGUUAA